UAAAAGUGCUUUGCCACCAAAUUUGAAAUCAAAAUAUAGCUAGGACCACCAAUAUAUAAAGGAAUAUUUACCUUGCUUUUGCAAUUUCCACCACUCCCAAACUACACGAGACGCAAAUGGAGGGAGAUAAGAAGCCGGAGAGCAAUCAGCAAAACAAGGGGAGGGAAAUCCGGUACAGGGGAAUUAGGCGGCGGCCGUGGGGGAAGUUUGCGGCGGAGAUUCGAGACCCAUCGAGGAACGGGGCGCGCCUGUGGCUCGGGACGUUCGAGACAGCGGAGGAGGCGGCUAGGGCUUACGACCGAGCAGCUUUUGCUUUCAGGGGUCACUUGGCCAUCCUCAACUUCCCCAAUGAGUUUCAGCACCAUGACCAAAGCCCUAAUUUCGCUUCUUCUUCGGUUUCUAAUGCUCAUGGACAGACCAGCUUUCGUGGAGAUGAUCAAUUAGGGUCCAGAGGGAGAGAAAGUGGGGUUAUAGAGUUUGAGUAUUUGGAUGACAAAUUGUUGGAGGAUCUUCUGGAUUGCGAGAGUAUGCAGAGGAAACAAUAGUGAAUUAUAGCAUAUAUAUGACUGAUCAUUUUUAUUGAAUUAAUUUAUGGAUUCUUUUCGUUUGUUUUGGUUUUAUUUGUAAAAUCAAGCUUCUAAUCUGUAUUGAUCAGUGUGAUAAU